CUCAAACUAAAAGGCUAGGUUCAGCAUUAGAAUAUAACACUCGAUUACCGAAAAUAGCAAUAAACUACACCAAACCGUGCACUCACAGACGUGACAGACCAUUACCUGUACAGCCCUUGGAACCGCCUACACUUAAUCAGACUUUGAUCCCAAGAUUUCGCAAUCGUAGAACACUCAAAGUUCACACAAUGCAUAUUGCGUAGGCCAAAACCAGAUAUAUCAAUAUUAACGCCUGUGUUCCAUGCUUAGAUAAGUAGAACUAACAUGAGGAGUUUACUAUUCAUCAGUUUUUUGCUGACCACCACAUGCAUCUUUGGACGCAAUGCCCAUGCAGUAAACCAUCGCGAUCUUCGCGAACUGUUCGAACGAUUCAAGCACAAAUACAGUAAGGCAUAUUUAAAUGUGACUGAUGAGGAAAAGAGGUUUGGUAUAUUCAGAGACAAUCUGAUACGCAUCGAGGCGUUGCAGAAACACGAGAAGGAUACAGCCAACUAUGGUAUAACCAAGUUCACGGACCUGACGACCGAAGAAUUUUCAGCCCGUUUUAUGAAUGCACAUUUUAACAAAAUGACUCGGGAGCUGAAGAUAGCCAAGCGUGUUGAAUUACCAGAAGCUUUGCCAAGUUUCGAUUGGCGAGAGAAAGGUGCAGUGACGCCAGUGGAAGAUCAGGGCUCACUCACAGUCUGGAGUUGCUGUUUGUUUGUUUGUUGA